CCAAAUAAAUGGAUAAUCAAUAAAGCUAGACAUGCUUGCCGUUCAAUUCAAGCAUAACCAUUUUAAAUUUUGUGACAAAUUAAACUUCCCUUCAAACUAGGGCAAAAAAAUCCCUUUUAUAUACAGACCUUCAAGAAAUCAAACACAUGCCUCAAAAAUAAAAAUGAGCAAAAUUUCCCAAUUUUCAAUCAAAAAUCAUCCUCCAAAAAUGUCAAUUGCCAAUUUCUAUUUUCAAUCCAUAAUUUUGGGAAUAUUCGCUUCAGCCCUAACCGGAGCCAUGCCGCCGCAGAACCCGGUCCAAUGCACCCAAACCGGCUGCACGCUGUCCAACUCCUACGGCGUUUGGGGCGACCGGCAGCCCUGCCACGUCACCGCCGCCGUCUACCCGACCACCGAGGAGGAGCUGCGCUCCGCCGUGGCCGACGCCAGCAGGAGGAAGCUCAAGGUGAAAGCCGUCUCCAAAUUCUCGCACACAAUCCCCAAACUCGCCUGCGGGAGUACAAUCCUGAUAAGCACGGAGAGGUACAACUCGAGCAUCGCCGUCGAUAGGGCUAAAUCGACCGUCACGGCCGACGCCGGCGUCGGGCUGCGGGAAUUGAUCGAUAGGGCGGCGGAGGAGGGGCUGAGCCUGGCGGCGGCGCCGUACUGGGAGGGGGUCAGCGUCGGCGGCGCGAUCAGCACCGGCGCCCACGGCAGCUCGUGGCGCGGCCGCGGCGGCGCGCUGCACGAUCACGUGGUGGGGAUUAGGAUGGUGGUGGCUGCGAAGGAAUCGGAGGGUUUCGCCAAAGUGGUGGAUUUGAGAGAGAGUGAUGAGCUUUUCAAUGCUGCAAAAGUUUCUUUGGGUUUAUUGGGAGUUAUUUCAAAGGUGACAUUCUCAUUGGAACCGGCUUUCAAACGUAGCAUCACGUUCAAUUUCACUAGUGAUGUUGGCAUUGAAGAGGAAUUCGUGGAGCACGCCAAGAGAUACGAGUUUGGCGACAUCCAAUGGUAUCCAUCCAGACACACGGCGGUGUAUCGCUACGACGAUCGGGCUCCCGUGAACGCAUCGGGCGACGGGGUGAAUGAUUUCAUUGGGUUCCAAUCGAAUAAUGUGCUGAUAGUGAAAUCAAUUCGAGCAUCAGAAAAAGCUGCAGAGAAGGCAAGAAACACAAACGCCAAAUGCGUACUCGCAUCCUCAUUCGUCGCCUACAAAAAGCUAACCGCCAACGGUUUGAAAAACAACGGCCUAACCUUCACCGGCUACCCCGUCGUCGGACAUCAACGGAGAAUGCAAACCUCCGGCUCGUGUCUCUACUCGCCGGAAUCCGACAAGGCCUCGUUGUGCGCAUGGGACCCGAGGAUCAAGGGCCUCUCCUUCUUCGAAUCCACCGCCGUAUUCCCGGCCGGCAAGUUUGCCGCCUUCGUUCGUGACGUCAAGAGGCUGCGGGACGCUGUGGGCCCCGCAGCCUUCUGUGGGGCCGACAUGUACAACGGCUUCCUCUUUCGCUUCGUGAAGGGAUCCGACGCCCACUUGGGGCAGCCGGAGGAUUCCGUUGUGGUGGAUUUCAACUACUACCGUGCAGACGAGGCGGGGACGCCCCGUCUGCACGGGGACGUGUGGGAGGAGGUGGAGCAAAUUGCGUUUUUCAAGUACCUGGCUAGGCCCCACUGGGGUAAGAAUAGAAAGGUGGCUUUUUUUGAAGUUGGGAAAAAGUUUCCUAAGUUUAGUAAAUUUGUGGAGGCUAAGAAGAGGGUGGACCCCGCCGGGAUAUUCUCGAGCGGGCCAUCUGAUGAAAUAGUAUUUGGGAUAGAGGAUCAGAAAGGAGACGGUUGUGCUCUCGAAGGAUUGUGUAUUUGUUCCGAAGAUCGGCAUUGUAGCCCUAGAGAUGGCUAUUUUUGCCAAAGGGGUCUUGUUUAUGAUGAAGCUAGGGUUUGUAGGUAUUCUUCCACUUCAACUAGUUGAUUAUGCAAUUCAACUAGAAAGAAUAGUGUAUUUUUGAAAUUAAA